AUGGAAGACGUCGACGGCAAGCUGGGAAAAGAGGAAGUGACGUCACUCACUGUUUCCGGGCAAAGCGGUUUGCGGCCUUUCCGCGUGGCUCGGUGCAGGCUGUGUGAAGCCAACAACAACGAGAUCGGCUGCUUCGCCAAGCUCACCAACACCUACUGCUUGGUGGGCAUCGGGGGCUCUGAGGGCUUCUACAGUGUGUUUGAAGGGGAACUUGCUGAUACUAUCCCUGUAGUCCAUGCUUCUAUUGCUGAAUGUCGAAUUAUUGGCAGAAUGUGUGUGGGAAACAGGCAUGGAUUGUUAGUUCCCAACAAUACCACAGACCAGGAGCUUCAGCACAUCCGAAACUGCCUUCCAGACUCAGUGCGAAUCCAGAGAGUUGAAGAGCGCCUUUCUGCCUUAGGCAAUGUCAUCACAUGCAAUGACUAUGUAGCACUUGUUCAUCCAGACAUUGACAGAGAAACAGAGGAAAUCUUAGCAGAUGUAUUGAAAGUUGAAGUAUUCAGGCAUACAGUAGCAGACCAAGUGCUGGUGGGAAGUUACUGUGUUUUCAGCAAUCAAGGAGGACUGGUGCACCCUAAGACCUCAAUUGAAGACCAGGAUGAGCUGUCCUCCUUGCUACAAGUCCCACUUGUGGCUGGGACUGUUAACCGUGGCAGUGAGGUGAUUGCGGCUGGAAUGGUUGUGAAUGACUGGUGUGCCUUCUGUGGAAUGAACACAACAAGUACUGAGUUUUCUGUUAUUGAGAGUGUCUUCAAACUCAAUGCCGCACAGCCAAGUACCAUUGCUACUACUAUGAGAGAUUCUUUGAUUGAUAGUUUGACAUGAUGUACUCCUUUGCUGCUGCAGACGUUCUUCAGUAGUGAAGUCCCAUACCACAAUCUUGCCUGGCUCCUGAAGUGAAUGCUUUGUUUUGUAUUCCUGGAGCAGGAGAGCUGUGUUACAAUCAAUGUUUCAAAACCACAUUCUUGUAAACUUCUUUUGAAUGAGAAAACAUUAGUAUGUUCCUUUUAGUUCUUCUGUAAAGCAGCCUUUCCCCCCACUUGUUCAUGAAAUGAUAAAUAUAACUUUAUGGGAGAAUGUUUAAAAAGCAGGUGUUAUUAUAUGCAGUGAUGAUUUAAACACCAUUUUCACCUUUAUCUGCCUGUAUAUUGUCUGAAUAAUUAUCCUUUCUUGCUCAAGAGUGGAAUGAAAUCUGUUUACAAUAGCUUCUACAUAUCCAACAGACCAGAUUAACCUACCCGGAUGCUUGUAUUAUUAUCUUGCAUCCAUAUAGAGGUCAGCAGUUUUAAAGAACUGAAAGAAGCCAUACAUUCUAAAUAUCAGUGGUCCAUACCUAUGCAGGAAAGUCUUGUCAAGGUUUCUAGUUCUGUAUGCUUAAAUAACUGGGAAACAAAAGGGUGCUAUUUCUCUUAUUCAGUAGUAAAUUCACUAGAAGGUUAAGAAUCUUAACUGAGAGAACAGUUACUUACAUGCAUAUGUUUGAAAGAUCUAUUGUACCAUUUACUCUGCUACCUGUAUCUUAAGCACCACAUCUCUAGUUAACUGCUCUGCUUUCUCGUUGUCACAUGGGGCUUUAAACAUUCUUAGGACUACAUGGAUGGGGUGUCAGUGAAGUGGCUUACCAGUUAAAGCCCCUAUAAAUUAUUUAAGCCAAAAUAAUUUAAGAAUGUUAGAUAAUGCUUUCUGUAUUUGAGGUGAUAGCUGCUUCAAACGUGAAGAAGCUCUUAAUGUGUCCAUCAAUCUGAACAUCAGCUUGAAAGAUUUGGUUAAGGUCCUCCUUGUUACUGUGUUUGCCUCUCAGUUUAUCACUCAUCCCUUCUCCAGAUUGUUAUAUGCCAUCAAAUCGGAACUUAUAGUUAGCUUAACAGAGUUUUCUAGAUAAAUGAUUUAAGGAGUGGUUUUAUCAGUUCCACUCCCUCAGUGAGUUUCCAUGGUUGAAACUGAGGUCUCCAGAGUCCUAGUCUACCACUCUAUCUACAACACCACACUGGGUACUGUUAUCACACUAGCAGACCAUUCUCCAUUGAGUUUGUAGUCUCUACUAAAAUUACCUUCUCUGUAAUGAGCAU